AUGGCAAGAGCUGUGGUGCAAAUCACCCUCCUUGGGGUGCUGCUAGCUUUGGUUACUACACUACCAAACAAGGAUGACUGGGACAUCUACAGCUUUCACAUCAACUCAACAGUGAGCAGUCGUUAUGCCACCACUGUCAUCACAAGUCGUGUGGCCAAUCGAAUGGAUGAGGCGAAGGAAAUAGAGUUUCAAGUCCGGAUUCCCAAGAAUGCCUUCAUCAGUAAAUUCAGAAUGUUUAUAGAUGGCGAGGCAUACGAUGGAAUUGUGAAAGCCAAGGAGGCGGCCAAGAAGCAGUACGCUGAUGCUGUGACUCGUGGUCAGACUGCUGGGAUCGUCAGCUCUGUAGGGAGGACUCUUGAGGAAUUCAAGACCUCUGUGAAUGUGGCUGCUCACAAAAAAGUCACCUUUGAACUCACAUAUGAGGAGCUACUUAAACGUAGACUGGGCAAGUACGAGCUGACCAUCCACGCCCAACCCAUGCAACCUGUCAAGGACUUCAAGGUUGACGUGUACAUCAAUGAGACAGCUGGUAUCAAUUUCCUGGAGGUUAAAGGAGGACUGAGCACCAAUCUCUUGGCUAAUGCCAUCACUAAAACCCAUUCAGACACACAGGCUUGGGUGUAUUUCUACCCUACAGAGUCCCAACAGAAAAUGUGUGAGAGCUGUGGAGAGCAAGGUAUGAAUGGAGAUCUGGUUAUUGUUUAUGACGUCGACAGGGAUGCCACCUUUGGAGACAUCAAGAAAUCUUCAGGAUACUUUGUUCAUCACUUUGCACCAUCUAAUCUUCCCCGCAUACCAAAAAAUGUGGUGUUUGUUAUUGAUCAAAGUGGCUCAAUGCACGGCAAGAAAAUUCGUCAGACCCGAAUCGCACUGCUCCAUAUCUUGAAUGACCUGGCAAAAGAGGACUUCUUUGGUGUGAUCACUUUUGAUAGCAGCAUUUUUCACUGGAAACGAGAACUUGUUCAGGCUAAUGAAGAAAACCUGGCUAGUGCCAAGACUUUUGCAGAGCGUAUUCAAGAUAGAGGAGCCACAGACAUUAACCUUGCCGUGUUGGAAGGAGCACGUAUGCUAAAUGCACAUCCAAGAGAAGGUUCAGCUUCAAUCCUUAUUCUUCUCACAGAUGGAGACCCAACCUCAGGGGUGACAAAUCUAAAAAAAAUUCAGUCAAAUGUAAGAGAGGCUAUUGCAGGUAAAUUCCCUCUUUACUGCCUUGGUUUUGGAUUUGAUGUCAAUUUUGAGUUCCUUGAGAAGAUGUCACUGCAGAACGAUGGUGUGGCAAGACGCAUUUAUGAAGACUCUGAUGCUGAUUUACAGCUGAAGGGUUUUUAUGAAGAGGUGGCCACUCCUUUGUUGACCGAUGUGACAAUGAUUUAUGAGGGUGGGUUCAAUGUAACCCAGACUAACUUCAGUCAGUAUUAUAAUGGCUCUGAAAUUGUUGUGGCUGGUCAGAUCAUGGACAAUGACAUCGAAACCUUCACUCCACAAGUUGUGGCCAUUUCGAGGAAUACAAGGUUGGUAUUUACAGAAACAAAUGGUACAGUGGAGUCAACUGGAGCAGUGUCUGACAGUCACAUCCAGAGGGUUUGGGCCUACCUCACAGUCAAACAGCUUCUAGAGAAAGAACUGCAGUUAUCUGGACCUGAGAAGGAGGAUGCCACAAAAGAGGCCAUGGAGCUGUCCCUGAAGUACAGCUUUGUGACCCCACUCACAUCCAUGGUGGUGACCAAGCCUCCAGGAGAGAGCACAGAUGUGCUCCAUAAACCCAAGGAAGAUGGAACAACGCAGGAAUAUCACAGAAGCGGUAUGGCGUUUAUUGGCGGUGGAGGUGGUGGAGGCGGUGGAGGCGGUGGAGGCUAUGGAGGCUAUGGAGGCUUUGGCUCUGUAGGCUCUGGCUCUGUAGGCUUUGGCUCUGGAGGCUUUGGCUCUGGAGGCUCUGGAGGCCUUGGCUCUGCAGCCUCUGGAGUCUCUAGAGGCUCAGGCUUUAAAGGCUUAGGUGGAAACUUUGCCCCGAGACCCCAACCAGAUCUAUUGUCAUCAAUGUCUUAUGACCUAAUGGAAGCUGAGCAUCCUACCUACGAAGAUGGGGUUAGUUGGUUCAGACCUUCCGCUGUCCCUGCCUCUCCUCGACGUGUUGGCUCAACCCAACUCUUCAUCCCCUCUCCGGUACUUCAUAUCCACACGUUUUUGCUUAAAACAGGAGACCAGUCUCUCCCACUGUGUUUUAAUGUCUUCGGAGAUGUCCGCCUUCAACUUCUUAACCAUCCCAACCAAGGGCUGUCUGUGAAUGGUGAGUUUGAACUAGCAUCACAUCAAGGCUUCAAAAAGAUUGUCAUCCACACAGCUCAACAGCACUUUGAGGUUGACACCCAGGGAAUCACAGUACGAGAUGGCCAGAACGUGUUGAUCUACACUAGAGCGGACGAACACAUUGUCGGUGCAAGUGUGACGGUGAUCAGGAGGAGCAAAGAAAUCGACAUUGUAGGAGUAGACACUCGCAUUGUCAUUCUGAUACAUGAAAAAGGCAACCGUCAGUUCCUCUGGCCUGUUUUAAGACAACAGCCGGCGAACACCAGCAUCACAGGGAUUUUAGCUCUGAAGCCAGCAGUUUAUGAGGAGGUGCAGCAAACCCCAAAAACAAGAAUCAGGUUCGAAAACAAGGAAAUUGAUGUCACAAGACACAGCGUUGUUGACUACAGUAUCCCUUCUCAACCAUCUUUGGAUUGCUGGCUCGUGCCUGCGGAGUCCAUCCUGCAGAGACCCAUAGAUGAGUUCAUCGUUCCACAACUUUAACUGGGAAAGAUGUUGAAUCACUUCCUAGAAUUCUAUUUAACACAACAUGUUGGAGUGUGAUUCACUGUGGAAAAAUGCUUUUCACAUGAAGCUUAUCCCAGAUGUUUUGUUCUAUCAUUUGAACUUGAAAAAUAAAU